AUGGCCACCCGCGCUACAAACGCCAAUGGGCAUGUGGCGCCUUCGCCCGACUUGUCCGAUUUGCCUAAACGUUCGCAAACUAUCCCCCUCGGCAGACCGGAAGACUUGCCAAUUCCUUAUCGUGCGACCUCAAUAGAUGGGGCGGGAGUCUUGGAUAAUGGCGAUAAUGGCACGACAUCUGGACGCAAGCGCAAGCUGAACAGCAUGUCAUCAAGAGGUGUUGCCAAUCUCACCCCCGAUCAGUUAGCGAAAAAGCGGGCCAACGACCGCCAAGCGCAGCGCGCAAUUCGUGAAAGGACCAAGGGCCACAUAGAAGCUCUGGAGCAACAGGUCCGAGACCUGUCGUCACAAAAGCCCUACCUCGAUCUUCAAGCAGCGCUAUGCGAGAAUGAAACGAUUCGGUCGGAGAACGCGGAGCUCCGCCAAGGGCUUAAAGCAGCAAUGGACAUUCUCCAACCAUUGAUGGCUAAGCCAGAACUACCAGAUCCAUCUCCUUCUCUAGCUACACCAAACCUCGCCCCGCCCCCUUCACAUACACCCCCAUUCCCCGACACCGAUCACCUCACGCCCAUUCCAGGCGAGAAAUCCUACGCCGAGUCUCUUGCCAGCCUCGACACGCCUUCUCCGACUCAUUCUGCACCCACUCUCGGGAGUCGCCGCAACAGUACCACCGGAGGCCCUCCGUCGGCCUCUCUCCGUGUCGGAUGGGACUCGCAACGCCAUAAUACAACACACGGCCUGGACCUCGGCUCCGAGGAGCGUCUAGGGUUUAAUUUCCUUCUCGAUCCUUCGCAUAGUGUUCCCAAAGUCGACCGGCUUCAGCGCAGCGACUCGGAAAACCUCCACUGUCAGCAGCUGAACUCUUCGUCUUCAACAUACCCACAUCCCUUGACCACUACCUCUGAACCUGGGCCACCUGCGUUCGCCGCUCCGAUCCAAAACGUACUAGCGACAUGUCCUUUGGAUAACAUUCUUUUGGAAUUUCUUCAAAGCCGGCAACGCGAGGCUGCUCAAGGAAUCUCCAGACAAAAAUUAGCCGGGCCACCGUACCCGAGUGUCUCCUCAUUACUGAACCCAGAGAGGAGUGUCUACUCCCACCCAGUCUCAAAGGUUUUCACAGAUAUUAUACGCACCUUUCCCGACAUCUCAUCUCUACCGGUGCAGGUUGCCGUGCUCUACACCAUGUUCCUCCUCAUGCGCUGGCAGAUUUCCCCUACGCAAGAGAACUAUGAGCGACUCCCAGAGUGGUUAACUCCGCGCCCAACACAGAUUCUCCAUCCACACCCUGCUUGGAUGGAUUACGUUCCCUGGCCGGGAAUGCGUGACAGGAUCAUUACAAAUUAUCAGAACUACCCGUUUGAGAAUUGGUUCAUCCCAUUUACACGUGAUAUGAACGUCAAUUGGCCGUACGAGGAUACGGACUGUUUGUUGUCAGCCGGCGACUCCGAAGAGCUGGUCAUCAACCCGGUCUUCGAACGGCAUAUGAGGAAUUUGUCCAAUUGGUCGUUGGGGCCCUUAUUUGCAGAAAGUUAUCCCUCUUUGGCAGACACCGCACGAAUCAGGUCGAGAACACCGCUCAACACCUCAUCCGGAACAGACUCACCAAGUGGCCACACGGCCACUUAA